AUGGAAAAUCCAUCUAUUACCUUUACUGCUUCUCAAUCUGUUGACUAUCUUGGUCAAACUCAUAAUUGGACCGACACUGAUACCGUCUAUUCUUAUAAGGGUAUUUGCCAAGAACUUAAAGAAUGUCAAGAAAAAAUUCGUAAAUACGAAGGAAAUGAAAAAAAAGCGAACAAGAGUUCUGACAAAAAUCAAUUGUCCUUGCAACAAAAAAAAUCUGCUUUACGCGCUGAAGAGAAACGUUUGAUUCGUAUGAAAAAUGCCCUUUGGAGACGUAUGGGUCCGGCUGUUGGUUGUGUAGGGAAAGGAAACAAACUGGUUUCUCCUAGAACUUUGAAAUGGUAA